GAGACGGGGGCCCGCCAUGCCCCGCUGCGCACACCCGCUCUUUAGAAACAUCGUCAUCAGGAGCCCGUUUGACAGCAUCAAGAGGAAGCAAUGCCUCCAGUACCUGAAGAUGCUGAGAGCGCUGCAGUUUGACGGGUUUACGACGGUGUAUCUGGGGGAAACAGAGAUCCCCGAAAGCCUGGCCACGGGGGAGGAUUUCGGGCGCGAGCUCUGCGUGCCGAGUCCGAGCUGGUGUGUGGUGCACGCGGGGGGCAGCCAGGGCUGGGUGCCGUGGCGGUACCGGGUGUUCCUGAGAGACGAGCUGAGCGUCCGCCCAGAAGACGGCUUCUUCGCCGAGUUCUGCGAGGUGGUGAAGAAGACCUACGGGAAGUGCGCCAUCGUGGUCAAGGACGGCCGGCGGCCGGAGGCCAGGCCCAAGGAGGAGGGAGAGCCCCAGGUCCAGGCCCGCGCCCGGUCCGUCGUCAACCUGACGAGCAUCACCUGCUGCCCCGACGUGGCCAAGGCCUGUGGGCACGAGCUGCUCUGCCUGCCCGCCCCGUACAACUACCUGAACCCGCUGGACCUGGCCUGGUCCGCGCUCAAGUGGUUCAUCAUCAACCACAGGAAGGAGUUCUGCCUCAAGUCCAUCGACAGCCUCUACACGUACCAGUUCCUCCUCCUCAGUGACCUCAUCAGCAAAGGGAUGGAGAGUAUCAGCCCCGGCAAGUGGAGGACCCUCAUCAACAAAGUGCGCAGGUGGGAGAACUACUACCUCGGCAAGUUCUCCUAA